GCUAGAAAUAAUUAACAAUGUUUUUCGCUCAAUAAGUUUUUUGGUGCCUGAAUGUUUGAUCUAAGGGCAAAAUCAUGUAAUAUCCAGUAUCCUUCCACACACAGAGUUACAGUAACUGUCAGUGUAUUCCCGGUGUGGCCACAGCCAAGCCUGGCCCUUGUGCCAACAGCUGCCCUCACUAUCUCCUGCCUGUGAUGCUCCUUAUAUCUCUGGCUGGAUUUAUAGCCAGCUUAACACACAACCCCAUCUACAUGAUGGUGCUCAGGUCAGUACCUUCAGAAGAGAAGUCCUUCGCAAUCGGCGUACAGUUUCUGCUUCUGAGGGUUCUGACCUGGCUGCCAGCUCUGGCUCUAUUUGGGAUGACCAUAGAUUCCACGUGUAUCUGGUGGAAAAUUGCUUGUGAGAAAAGCAAGGAUGUGGUUACUAUGACAACAACCUCCUUAGAAACAGGUAUCUAGGACUGCAGGUGGGCUUUAAGACGGUAGGCAUUGCGCUCCUGGCAUUUAUUGGCUGGAAAAUGCAGCGGACCAGAGAGUACAGCUUAGAGAACAAGCCAGAGGGACCCCUGUGAUGCCUCGACUCUGCUUAGCCCAUCGCAGCUCACUUUUGAGAGCCCUCUCAGUGAAUUGAGCCCCUGGAUAUUUCUCGUCAGAAACCCCUCCUCCUUUCAACAUCUGGCUGGAAAUGCGAUGAAUUCAGUUUGGACUUUUCUCAAGUUGUGCACUAACUUCUUGGGUAUUUAUUUCCACCUGCGGAGCAAUAACUGGACAGAUUCAGGGAUUUUCCAACUUCACACAGUUUUUCUGGUAUUAAUAAUUAACUACGUAUAGCACUAUAAACAGUUUAUCAUACUUUAUAGCCACGGCUCUCGUCAACGGACGGUGGCGUCUUUGGAGAGGUCACAGAACUUGUGACAGAAAUGUCUGUAUGUUGUCCUUAAGAUUUGGUUAAUACGCAAUUUGAUGAUUCAUUUCUUUUCUUUUUUUGGUGUAUGUGUAUUUGAAGACUAUGUGAAGGAUGCGGGGCGCUCUUUAUACCCAAAUGCACACAGAUACACACGAGUGUGUCGAAUAUCAAGCUGUGUGUGAGUUGAGGCGUGUGUAGCUUCAAAUAAUUAUUGUAGCCAUGUAGUAGAUUUCAAAUUAUACUUUCAAAUGUGAAGACAUUUUGAAAAUAAGCAUCAAAAGUUUGUACAAUAUAUUUUUAUACCUGAUAAUGCUGUUUUAUUAUACACUUUGUGCUUGUUUUUAAUUUUUUAAUUUUUUUUUGCUCUUAAAACAAAUGACAACAUGCUUUUAUAAUUGCUGCUUGGAGUAAUGAAUCGUGACUUUCUAAGUCUUUAUUAUUCAAUAUGUAACAUAUAUUUACCAAUGUGUAACUUAUUUCAAAUAUAAAAUUUGUUCACAAUU